AUGACGCUGCCUGUAUGUAACACGAGCUUCCAGUCGGUCAAAUAAUCCAGGAUCUUGUGGUCAGUGAUCGAGUACGGGAUGUAAUCGAAUCUUCGAGUACAGGAUGCGAUCACGUUUCAUGGUGGACGGUUUGAAGGGAUUGCCAUUUUAACUUCUUUAAGUGUAAAGCUGUGAUUUGUUCGACCUGGACAGAUGUUCAUCACACAUCCAUGCGAGAGACAAGCCUAGAAAUGUCCACAUGGGUUUUUGAGAAGACAUGCGUGCUAUUUCGAGAAGGGAAGGUUAACAUCUGUGCAGCAGGAACAGCUGAGAGCGGCGCUUUAACUCCAGCAUAAUGAAGCUUUCAAAGUUUCACAGAGCUGCAAUAGCGGCUCUCCUCACCUUCUGUACACCUGUAAAAUCCAUCCCUUUAGAGUGUGAUCCAGAGUACAUGUGGCUUCAGGAGGAGGAGAAGUGCAACAACAUCAUCCACCAAGAAAACAUUACACACACUAACUCCACAGGCUGCAGUGCAUUAUGGGAUGAUGUGAACUGCUGGCCUCAUGCAAAGAUUGGAGAUGUGAUUUCUCAAAAAUGCCCAACCUUUCUAAGGGUCAAAGGAAGUAUAAGGAGAAAUUGUACAGAGAAUGGCUGGUCUGAUCCGUUCCCACCGUAUAUGCUGGCCUGCGGAUCUGAGAAUGGCAUAGUGCACCCUCCCUCAGAAAUGAUGCUGGUGUCACAUGAGUACUUCAUAUGGGUAAAGAUCAUGUACUCAUUGGGGUACAGCAUCUCUGUGAUCUCCCUCACCAUUGCUAUCAUGCUGCUGUGUGUGUUCAGAAAACUCCACUGCACACGGAAUUUCAUCCACAUGCAGCUCUUUCUGUCCUUCAUUUUGCGAGCUGUUUUCAUUUUCAUCAGAGAUGCGGCGCUACACAAAUCACAGGAUUAUUACCACUGUGAAUCUCACCCGGUUGGCUGUAAGGUUGCACUGAUUUUUUCAAAUUUUGGCAUACUGGCCAACUAUAGCUGGUUGCUGGUAGAGGGCCAUUACCUGCAUAGCCUCAUUCACCUGUCUUUACAUUCCCCAAGAAAACGCCGGCAGUGGUACAUCAGCUUUGGCUGGGGCACGCCUAUGUUCAUCGUCAUUAUGUGGAGUGUCGCCAAAUAUCUGGAGGAGGAUGAAGGGUGUUGGGAGACAAGAAGCAGAGGCUGGAUCUGGUGGAUUCUGAGAGUUCCUGUAAUCCUGUCCAUUACUGUGAACCUCCUGUUUUUCCUGAGAAUCAUACAGACAAUUGUAAGCAAGAUGAGAGCUCCGGACAUGAUUGGAAAUGAGUUUAAACAGCACAAGAAGCUGGCCAAGUCCACACUGCUGCUAGUGUCACUGUUUGGUGUGCAGUACGCCCUCUUCACUUUUUUCCCUGAUGGAGUUGACAUCCUUACCUUCCAGAUCUGGAACGCCAUCGAGCUUGCCCUGGCCUCCACACAGGGCUUUAUAGUAGCACUUCUAUACUGCUUUCUUAAUGGAGAGGUUCAGCACGAGAUUACGCGGCGCCGGAGACGGUGGCGUCUAAAGCAGCGCGUCCAUGGUGACAUCAGACCACACCACGGUUCCCUUAGCCAAAGUGGCCUACCCCUCACUCAGAUCUCACUGUUAGCCAGAGUUAAUAACAUAUCCUAAAGCAGACCAUAACACAGCUGUUAAAAUAUUAUACACACGAUUUACUGUAAAGCCAAAAAAACAUUAACUCUUGCUAAUUACAAACAUGACCAAAUAAAUCAAACUAUAAGAAUGAACAGUCUCAGUGUAGUUUGAGUGCAGUUUUACUUGCCAGGUUUCUGUCCCAUUAAUCAGUUAAUAUAAUCUGUUAAUAGAAUAAUAGUUGAGUGAGGAAUCCAAGCAUUUCUGCUGAAAACACUGCAAUAUAAGGAAAAUGUUUUAUGCUGUAUUUAUAUGACACCAUGAAGUGGCUUUAAAGCUAAAACAGCAUACUCUAAAUAAAUGGUAGAUUAUUCAUUUUUCAUAUAUAAAGCUUAUAUUAUGUGGUUUUAAAUUAUCUGUGUUUUUGCAAACUGAUUUUGCUAAAAGUUUUUAAAAACUGUCUUAACUAACCUGAACUCUCCAAACUGUAUAUUGUUUAAAUUAUAUUGGACAAUCUUGCAUCAUGUUCCACUGUCAUUGUUUAUCAUAGUUUUUAGUUAUAUAUUCCUAGCCAAAGGCUUGUUUACAAAAAAGAUCCCUUUUAAAGCACUAAAAAGCCCUCAUUCUCUAGUUUCAAUACCAUUUACAGAGCUCGUUGUGUCUAUAUAAAUGGUAUGAUGUACUGACAUUUGAAAAAGAAGUAAAACUGAUUAUAAAGCACUGAAGGAGAUAUUAAUGAUGCUGCUUCUGUUGCUAUUGUAGUUCUGUAUUUUUGUUGCUGCUGCUUAGUACAAUUGAUUUUGAACAUUAUUAAAGUCUAAACAUUGUGAA